AUGGAAACGGAUGAGUGUGAAGGUGCAGAAAACCCUAGCGGCAGCGACGAUCUUCUGAAGCAGCAGGAGGAUGGUGAGGGAAGCCGCCAUGUCGUCUUGUCGAGGGAUCCGUCCCUUCUCAACAGGGACCUCGAAAUCCAUGGACGAAGCGGUUGCGACGACAGGAAGAUUAGGUCAAGGGCUCUGGCCUCGCCGGACGACUCCCAGGUCCAGAGAAGAGGCAAGGACAAGCAUGUGCAGGAGAGGAAACUCAGCCGGCAGGAUCGGAUCGAGUUGGGACGCAUGUUUCAGGCGGCUGUGAACUCCCAUGACUGGGAGCUCUCAGAGAGCUUGAUUCUGCUGGCAGACCCGCAGACUCUCAAUGACGCCCUCUGCAUCGCCUUGGAUUCCAUCUGGUUUUUGACCACGCGGCAGGAGUUGGACGGCAUCACUGGAUUGCUCAGGAUGAUCGUUGCAAGUGGUGCUCAGGAUUUCACGAGGGCGGCACUCAGAACGUCUUUUCUUGCUUCUUGUGUGUCUGCAUGCCAGAGCAGCACCAUGAGUUUAUCAGACACUGUCGCUGUCAUGGCACAAAGGUACGGGGACUUAAUCGUGCUUGAUCCCUCGUCGAUCAUCUUUUCCAAGUCUGAUUUCCCGUAGAGCAAGUGGAAUCAGUUUCUAGACAAAAAAAUUCCCGAUUUCUGUCGAAAACUGAACGAAAAUUGAUGUUUUCAGAGCAUACAUACAGAAUAUGCAAUAGAUUCUUAUCCUCGAUCAUCUGAUUUUCUCGCGCGGAGAGAAUGGGAUCAUCAUCUGAAAUAAAUCUACUGGAUUAUUUGUUAAAAACCGACUGCAAUCGAUGCUUUCAGAACAGUGUGCGGUUGAUAAUCAUCGUCGACCAUCUUUUCCGAUCUGAUUUUGCGUCGAGUGGAACUGAUCCCGAAAAAAAUUAUCUUGGAUUCUUCGGUCGAAGAUCGAAUGCGAUCGACGCUUUUGAAUUUAAAACAUUGACAGUCGGAAAUCUCCCGGAAUGAAUUAUCGCCGGCCACAGGUUGCACGAACGCCUCCAGGAAUGCAACGGCGACGAGAUCCUGAAGGCGGAGGCGGGCGCCAAAGUCCAGAAAUUCACAGAGUGGGCGCUUAAGUGCAUCGGCUUCCACUCUCGGAGCCAGGAAGGCGGCAGGGACAAGGUCGGCCGGAGCACCGCCACGGAGCUCCAGCUCCAGCUUUCAGCCUUCAAGAGGUUCCUGGACCUCGCCGGCAACCAGCUCACCGGGAAGGACUUCACAGAGGCCUUCGACGCCGCCUGCUUCCCACUCACUCUCUUCUCGAGCUCCUUCGACCCCGGCUGGUCCUCUGGCAUCUCCGCCACCGCCAUCCAGGGCCUGCUGGGCUUGCUGGUGGAGGGCGGCGCUGACAACGUGAACCAGUGCUUCCUCGAAGCUUCCCGCUUCGGCAGCACGGAGCUCGUCCGCAUCCUCCUCCAGGUCCGACCCACCUUUUUCCUCUCUGCAUCUCAUCUCCUCCACUAUUCCAUCUUCAAUGUUUUCUCAACUUCUUCGUCUUCGUUUUCGUCUUCUUCAGGUGGCGCAGAGGAACAGCUUGGACGUGGACGUGGACCUGGCCCUGGGGUUUGCGUCGCACUACUGCAAGAUCGGGACGAUGGAGUGCCUGGUAGAGGAGGGCAACGCGAUGGCGUUCCUGGGGCCGCUGAUGAGGGCGGCGGAGAGGGGAUGCCUGCAGGUGGUGCAGUGGUUCGUCCACCGAGGUUGCAGGGACAUGGAGCUCUGCCUGGCCCUCACAGCGGCCACCUCCAGCAGCCAGUUGGAGGUCGUCUCCUACCUCCUCCCCCACGUCCCGCAGCAAGUCCUCGCCGCGCUGAGCGUCGAGAUCCUCAAGGCCGCCGGCGAGCGUAGCGGCGGCUCCUUCGCUGGCGUCGGGUUCCUCCUCCGCUCCGACUUCCUCAGGGACCCGGCGGCGACCUACUCCGUCGCCGACGCCAUCGCCAUGUCCAAGGACGAGGCCGUGUCGCCGGCGCUAAGGUCGUUCCUACGGGAGCACUGGUCGGAGGCGGCCUUCUCCGAGGGGCGGCGGCGCGGGCAGGAGCACUACCUCAACUUCCUCAGGAUCCUGCUCCGCGGGGGGUCGCCACUGCGCCCGAGGGACCUCCCGGGGACGCUCAGAGCGGCCAUCGCGUACCUGCCGCUGUACAGGGAGUGCGCACAGGCCGGGGGGCGGCUGCUCUCGCAGCGGCUCAGAGGGGAGCUCGCCGACGCCGUAAGGAGGCUCUGCAACCAGCCGGUGGACGAGGGGAGCAUCAACUUUGCAACCAGCCUGGGGAAGGACCUCCUGGAGGUUUUAGAGCAUCAGCUCUCCCCAUUCAUCGGCGGCGGCCAUUAA